AUGGUCGAAGCUGUGGCGGAGGGGCAUGUUCUGCCCGAAAAGAGUGGCCUAGGGAGUGCCGCGCUUCACGAGCACCAGCUCUUUUUCCCGGGGGUUUAUACGUCCUAUUCACGACGUAUCAUAACGGUGAACUAUUGGAAUCGCAAUGAGGUGACUCAAAAUCCUCACCUUGACGACUAUGAAAAUGCUCAAAUCUUUUUCUCGGGCAAGUCGUUGUUUCUCGCAGAUCUGGCCCGGAAGGAUGCGAAACAUGCCAUGAGCCUUGCGCGUUUGCGCUGGGAGGAGCUGAUUCGCAUUUAG